AUGUACCUUACUUCAGAAAACAUGCAUAAACAUUAUAUUCUACUUGCUUGGCCUUUCAAUCAAUAUAUUUUUUUACCCUUUAUGAGAAUAAGGAUUGAAGAUAAAAUUUUUAUUUGUAUGAACGAGUUAAAAAUUUUUUUUUAUCAAAUACUAUUAUAUCAACAACAGUGA